AUGUCCGACAAGGGGCAGAUGGGUUCUAGGAAGUUAUCGACAUCAGGGGAGUCAUUAUACCAUACUUUAGGAGUGCCUAGGGGGGCACCAGAAGAGGACUUAAGAAAGUCUUACAGAAAGUUGGCUUUACGAUUCCAUCCAGAUAAAAAUCCAGACAAUCCUUCAGCAGCCGAUAUUUUCAAGGAAAUCAAUAGAGCUUAUCGAAUUUUAACUGAUCCUAUAAAAAGAAGCAUCUAUGAUAAAUAUGGAAGCUUAGGAUUAUCGAUUGCGGAACAAUUUGGCGAAGAAAAUGUAAACACUUACUUUGUGCUUACAAACAAAUGGUGUAAGGCACUUUUCAUAUUCCUCUUUCUUAUUACUGGAUGCUUCUUCUGUUGUUGUUGCUUUUGUUGCUUCAACUUCUGCUGUGGUCUGUGCAAGCCAAAACCUCCACCGGAUGAAGAUCUUGAAGCUAAAGUUCAACUCAAUGAGGAAGACGUUGAUGACGUGACACCAAUGCAACAGACUGCUCCACCGUAUAAUCCGACCGGAUUUGGCAGUGAUUUCGGUGCUGUACCAACACCGGGCAGUGAAUUCCCCUACCCAACACCUGUCACCGUAGCCCAACAACAACCAGUCAGCGGUCGAGCUUAUUGA